AUGUUGAUCAGACUGCGAGGGCCGGAUGGCAUGAUUCGCCUGACGGUAGAGCCGACGACUACGUUUGGCGAUCUGGGACAGCAGCUACUUACUCACCUACCUUCGACUGUCGAUCCCAAGACCAUCGUUUUGUCCAACUCGCCCACGGCCCGCGAUGCGAAGAGACUAGGUGAUAUUGUUCAGUUUCAGAUCGGGCAGAUCGGCCUCAAACACGGCGAUUUAAUAUUUCUCACAUACCAACAUGAUGCUGCGAGCGGAACUACUAACGGCGACGUUCCCGAGCCUGUGACCUCUGCUAGACUAAACGGCAAGCCUGUGCUGCCCACGGAGGACUUCCCGAUCGACCCCAAACCCGAGAGAAUCUCGAAGCCAUGGGAAACAGUGAAGCAGUCGGCAGUAGAUGACCGUCUGGAUAAGCUAGAUGGCAAGAUUCCACGAGGACGAGACCGGAUGUGUCGACAUGGACCCAAGGGCAUGUGCGAUUACUGCCAACCCAUGGACCCCUUCGACCCGGGCUAUCUAGCAGACAAGGGAAUCAAGUACCCUUCUUUCCACUCCCAUCUGCGCAAGAUAAACGCUGCGACGAACAAACCCGAAUCCGGAACGUCUUAUAUUCCGCCCCUUGUCGAGCCAUAUUUCCGAGUCAAGCGCGAUUGUCCAUCUGGUCAUCCGGCCUGGCCAGAAGGUAUUUGCACAAAGUGCCAGCCGAGCGCGAUUACGCUCAACCCCCAGACUUUUCGAAUGGUGGACCACGUCGAAUUCUCCAGCCCUUCCAUUAUUGAUGGCUUCAUUGACGCUUGGCGUAAAACGGGUUCCCAACGACUGGGCUACCUCUACGGCCGAUAUACCGAGUACACCGAAGUCCCACUGGGAGUGAAAGCUGUUGUGGAGGCCAUAUAUGAGCCACCACAAGUCGAUGAGGUUGACGGCAUCAGCAUGAACGCAUGGGGAAACCAAAAGGAUAUUGACCAUAUUGCCAAGCUCUGUGGGCUUGAGCCUGUAGGUGUCAUCUGGACAGACUUACUCGACUCAGGGUUAGGCGACGGAUCUGUCGUCUGCAAGCGCCAUCUCGAAUCGUAUUACUUAUCGUCUCUCGAGAUAUGCUUUUCGUCAAGAUUACAAGCCCAGUACCCUAACCCUUCAAAAUGGAGUGACUCGGGCCAGUUCGGUUCCAAGUUUGUUACAUGCGUGAUCACAGGCGAUGAAGAUGGGAACAUUGCCGUCUCAGCAUACCAAAUGUCCAACGAGUCGGUCGAGAUGGUGCGAGCUGACAUUGUGGAGCCGUCAGCAGACCCCAACUCUAUGCUCGUUCGCGAAGAAGAGGAAGAUGAUGGUUCCGUCAGUCGGACGAGGUACAUACCCGAAGUCUUCUAUCGCAAGGUGAACGAGUACGGAGCCAAGGUGCAGGAGAACGCAAAGCCGGCGUUUCCUGUCGAAUAUCUCUUUGUGACUCUAACACACGGCUUUCCUGCCGAUCCUAAGCCCACAUUCACGCAGACAGGGUUUCCCAUUGAGAACCGCGAGUACAUUGGCGAGAGUCAAGAGCACUCUGCUCUGGCGAAAGCUUUGAAUCUGCGAAAAGGCCAAAAGCCUAGUGACAACGGCCAAGAAGUAUCAAACUUUCACAUUCUUUGCUUCAUCCACCAGCUUGGAGUUCUUUCAAAGGAUGAGGAGGCCCUUCUCUGCCGCGUUGCGACCCAGCAUGACCUCGCCGACUCGUUCCAGCUCCGCUCUACAGGAGGCUGGCAGACACUACAAGUCAUCCUGAACUCGACUGGCUGAACGAACGUCGUGCCGCAACCCCGAGCAAUUCUUCGCCACCACCACCGCCGCCGUCUUGAACUUUCCACUGUGGAUUGAAAAGAGCAUAUUCAACGUUUGUUGCUUUUUUUUAUGGGGGUUCUGAGGGACAGGGUUUAUACUUUUAUCGUAUCUUUGGGUGGAAUGGAUUUUGAACAAAGUCCACAGCUAUCGAGUACUGAACUAGAAUGGUUCGCUAAUGGCAUCGGGUCGGCGGUAUUAUUGCUUAGGGACACAGCGCGGAUAUAGACUAGGAACAAAAUAAAGCUAAUGCACAUUUCGG